AUGGUCACGGUCCUGCUUGUGCUAUUUCCCUGGUCAGCCUUUUCAACCGGCACUCUCGCCCUCAGAAACUCCACCAACGAACUGCAACGUCGCCAAUGCGUAGAGCGGGUGGGAGCCAACAUUUUUGAGUGUGAUUUCUUCCUGCCAACGCUGGCCGACCUUGUCGCGCGCUUUCGGGAUGCCAAUAAUGGUGGGAGAGCCACCCCAGAAAACAGUGUAUGGUUCUACACGAAUGUGGAUUUCCUAACAGCCCCUGUCGACCCAGAUGUCAUAUUGGGCUUUUGUCAGGGGUGGAUGGUAGGGCAGCGCAUCCCGUCAUACUUCAUCUAUGAUGGAGUUAAUACGCGGUGGUUCACAGAACAGAAGAUUUGGAUCGCUUCCCACGAGGCCGAGUUCUUCAACAACGGCCAACAGUUCAACACGGGCCUCCUCGCCGCCGAGGUCUUUGUUCUAUGCUACUACCAAGCCGCGGCCGCAGCGGCACUGGCCUCGGACGCAUACCUGUUCACCAAGGCUGAUUCGGAGUGGGACCCCGGAAGUAUCUGGGCGACGGUUGAAUAUCCGGAAUUGACCAGAAACCCGAACAUCAAGAGGAUCUGGCGAGUUGAUCCACGACCAGGAUCUCCCGACUGUGGACAGAGGGUGUUGAUGUGGGAUGCAACGCAUGGCGACAAACCGAAUGACCCUCCUAGGCGAUGGACAUGUCCAAUAUGA